AUGGGAUCCCUGUGGAACUGGUGGGCCCUCUGGGCCGGAACAACCCUCCUAUGGGCUCGGCUCUCCCAAGCAGAGGUUUCCUGCCAAGGCAUUCAGUGUACAUCUGGGCAGCGCUGCCAGAUGGUGAGUGGGAAGGCCAGGUGUGUGGCAGAGUCCACAGCUGUCUGCCGCGCCCAGGGUGAUCCCCAUUACACCACCUUUGAUGGCCGUCGCUAUGACAUGAUGGGCACCUGUUCCUACACCAUGGCUGAGCUGAGUGGAGAGGAUGAGACCCUGCCGGCCUUCAGUGUGGAGGCAAAGAAUGAGCACCGGGGCAGCCGCCAAGUCUCCUACGUGGGCUUGGUCACAAUCUACGCCUACAGCCACUCAGUAUCGCUGGUUCGUGGGGAAACUGGCUUUGCCCGGAUCGACAAUCAGCGCUCGCGUCUCCCUGCCUCCCUGAGCGAGGGUCGCCUGCGUGUGUAUCAGAGUGGAACACGAGGUGUUAUAGAGCUGGACUUUGGGCUGCUGGUCACCUACAACUGGGAUAGCCAGCUGACCCUAAGCCUGCCCAAGCGCUUCCAAAACCAGGUUUGGGGGCUGUGUGGCAACUAUAAUGGAGACCCUGCCGACGACUUCCUCACACCUGACGGGGAACAGGCUCCAGAUGCCUUGGAAUUUGCAAAUAGCUGGAAGCUGGAUGAUGGGGACUACCUGUGUGAUGACGGCUGCCACACCACUUGUCCCUCCUGCACUGCAGGCCAGACCCAGCACUAUAAGGGGGACCGUCUCUGUGGCAUGCUCACUCUGUCCACAGGCCCCUUCUCGGCCUGCCACGAAUUCCUGGACCCCAAGCCUUUCCUGGAGGACUGUGUGUUUGACCUUUGUGUGACUGGAGGGGAACGCCUCAGCCUGUGCCGGAGCCUUAGCGCCUAUGCCCAGGCCUGUGCAGAACUGGGUGUCUCUGUUGGGAACUGGAGGUCACCAGCCAAUUGCCCUCUGUCCUGUCCAGCCAACAGCUGCUAUGAUCCUUGCAGCCCUGCCUGCCCAGCCUCCUGCAACCCAGAAGCUGCACCGACCAACUGCUCUGAGCGCCCUUGUGUGGAGGGCUGCGUGUGCCUUCCAGGCUUUGUGGCCAGUGGUGGUGACUGCGUGCCUGCGUCAUCCUGUGGCUGCACCUACCAGGGCCGCCCCCUGGCCCCCGGUCAGGAAGUCUUUGCUGAUGACCUGUGUCGGCGACGCUGCACCUGUGAUGCAGCCACCCAGAAGGUGGUCUGCAGGGACACAUCAGGAUGCCCUUCUGGGGAGCGCUGCCGUGUGCUGAACGGCCUCCUGGGUUGCUACCCAGACAACUUUGCCAGCUGCCAGGCAUCGGGAGACCCGCACUAUGUGAGCUUUGAUGGAAGACGCUUUGACUUUAUGGGUACCUGCACGUACCUGCUGGUGGGCUCGUGCGGCCAGGAUGCGGCCCUGCCCAACUUCAAGGUGCUGGUGGAAAAUGAACAUCGAGGAAGCCAGACUGUGAGCUACACGAGAGCAGUGCGGGUGUCGGCCCGAGGUGUAGAGGUGGCUGUGCGCAGGGAGUACCCCGGAAGAGUGCUGACAUUGUGUGGACACCCCACACCUCGCUUCUCCAGUUUCACCUUUGGUGUCUACAGAGAAAAGAUCGCCUGUCCUGACAACAGCCACUAUGAGCUCUGUGGCCCACCCUGCCCAGCCAGCUGCCCACCCCCUGCACGCCACACAACCCCAGCUGCGUGUGACGGGCCCUGUGUGGAGGGGUGCCAGUGUGACCAGGGCUAUGUGUUGAGUGCUGAUCGGUGUGUUCCCCUGGACAGUGGCUGUGGCUGCUGGGUCAACGGCACAUACCAUGAACCAGGCACUGAGUUUUGGACUGAUGCCACCUGCUCUGCGAGGUGUCACUGUGGACCUGGAGGUGAUUCUUUGGUCUGCACAUCUGCCAGCUGUGGGCUGGGUGAGGAGUGCGCCUUGUUGCCCUCCGGCCAGCUUGGCUGCCAACCUACAAGCACAGCUGAGUGCCAAGCCUGGGGUGAUCCCCAUUACAUCACUCUAGAUGGGCACCGGUUUGACUUCCAAGGCACCUGCGAGUACCUGCUCAGUGCACCCUGCCAUGCAGCACCCACAGGGGCUGAAUACUUCAAUGUCACUGUGGUGAAUGAGCACAGGGGCAGCCAGGCUGUCAGCUACACCCGCACUGUCACUCUCAACAUCUAUGGCCUCAGCCUGACCCUUAGUGCCCGCUGGCCCAGGCAGCUACAGGUGAACGGAGAGUUCGUUGCUCUGCCCUUCCAUCUGGACCAGCGACUGAGCAUUUACCUAAGUGGAGCAGAUGUAGUGGUGAACACUGCCUCUGGGCUCUCCCUGGCUUUUGACGGGGACAGUUUCGUUCGCCUGCACGUGCCUGCAGCCUAUGCAGGUGCCCUCUGUGGCCUGUGUGGGAACUACAACAAAAAUCCCAAGGAUGACCUGACAGCAGUAGAUGGGAAACCUGAGGGCUGGAAGGUUGGCGGAACCCCAGGCUGUGACCAGUGCGUGACUGAGCCUUGCCCACAGCCCUGCACACCUGAGCAACAGGAACCCUUCCGUGGCCCCGACGCCUGUGGCAUAAUCUCAUCCCCCGAAGGCCCACUGGCACCCUGCCACAGCCUCGUGCCACCCACGCAGUACUUCGAGGCUUGCUUGCUGGAUGCCUGUCAGGUUCAGGGCCAUCCAGGAGGCCUCUGUCCUGCCAUUGCCACCUAUGUGGCAGCUUGUCAGGCUGCUGGGGCCCAACUUGGAGAGUGGAGGAAGCCAGACUUCUGUCCUCUCCAGUGUCCUGCCAACAGUCACUACCAGCUCUGUGGUGACUCCUGCCCUGUGAGUUGUCCAAGCCUCUUGCCCCCAGAGGGUUGUGAAACCACCUGCCGUGAGGGCUGUGUCUGUGAUUCUGGCUUUGUGCUCAGUGGAGACACUUGUGUGCCCGUGGGCCAGUGUGGCUGCCUCUACAAUGGACGCUACUACCCGCUAGGUACCACAUUCUACCCAGGCCCUGAGUGUGAGCGGCGCUGUGAAUGUGGGCCAGGUGGCCAGGUCAGCUGCCAGGACGGUGCAGACUGUGAGCCCUAUGAGGAGUGCCGCAUAGAGAAUGGCAUCCAGGCCUGCCAUCCCACUGGUUGUGGCCACUGCCUGGCUAACGGGGGCAUCCAUUAUGUCACCCUUGAUGGACGGGUGUAUGAUCUUCAUGGCUCCUGCUCCUAUGUCUUGGCACAAGUCUGUCACCCAAAACCUGGACAGGAGGAGUUUUCCAUUGUGCUUGAGAAGAACUCAGUUGGUGAUCCCCAACAUGUGACGGUUACAGUGGAUGGCCAGGUCGUGGUCCUGGCUAAAGGGCCACAGGUGACUGUGGAUGGUGAAACUGUGGUCCUGCCUGUGACGAAAGGCCAUGUGAGUGUGACUGCUGAAGGCCGAAACAUGGUUCUGCAGACGAGCAACGGGCUGAAGCUUCUCUUUGAUGGUGAUGCCCAUAUCCUCAUGUCCAUCCCUAGUCCCUUCCGUGGGCGGAUCUGUGGCCUCUGUGGGAACUUCAAUGGGAACUGGAGUGAUGACUUUGUGCUGCCCGAUGGAACAGUGGCCCCCAGUGCAGAGGCCUUUGGAGCUGAAUGGCGAGCUCCCGGCUCCUCCCUGGGUUGUGGUGAAGGCUGUGGGCCCCAAGGCUGCCCUGUGUGCUUGGCAGAGGAGACAAAAUCAUAUGAGAAAAACGAUGCCUGUGGGAAGAUCCGAGACCCCCAAGGUCCCUUCAAAGACUGCCACCAGGUUCUGAGUCCUUUGGAAUACUUCCGCCAGUGCGUGUAUGACCUGUGUGCCCAUAAGGGCAACAAAACAUACCUCUGCCGUAGCUUGGCAGCCUACACUGCAGCCUGCCAGGCAGCUGGUGCAACUGUGAAGCCCUGGAGGACAGACAGCUUCUGCCCUCUCCAGUGUCCCGACCACAGCCACUACUCUGUGUGCAUGAGCUCCUGCCAGGGCUCCUGUGCUGCCCUCUCUGGCCUCACCCAAUGCACCACUCGCUGCUUUGAAGGAUGUGAGUGUGACAACCACUACCUGCUCUCCCAGGGUGUGUGCAUUCCUGCCCACGACUGCGGCUGCACCUACAAUGGCCAGUAUAUGCCGGUGAACACCUCACUGAUGACCUCAGACUGCAGUGAACGCUGUUGCUGCUCUUCAAGAACUGGCCUGACAUGCUAUGCAGUUGGCUGCCCAUCUGGCCAAGUCUGUGAGCUCCAAGGAGGAGUCCGGAACUGCCAGCCUGCCCGUGGCCUCUGCUCCAUCUCUGUGGGGGCCAACCUCACCACCUUUGAUGGGGCUCACAAUGCCAUCAGCUCCCCUGGUGUCUAUGAGCUUUCUUCUCGAUGCCCGGGACUCCAGAAGACUGUGCCCUGGUACCGCGUGGUUGCUGAUGUCCAGCCUUGCCAUGGCAAUGACAAUGUUGUGGACAAGGUCCACAUCUUCUUUGAGGAUGGAAUUGUGACUGUGACCCAAAGCAAGGGCGUGUGGGUGAAUGGUCUCCGAGUGGAUCUCCCAGCUAAUGUGUUAACAUCUGUGUCUGUGAGGAGGAUGCCUGACGGUGCCAUGCUCAUCCACAAGAAGGCAGGGGUCCAGGUCCGGCUUGGAACCGACGGGCAGCUGGAUGUGAUGGCCGGUGAUGACCAUGCAGCCAUGCUGUGUGGGGCCUGUGGAAACUUUGAUGGGGACCAGAAAAAUGAUGUGCUUGACUCUCAGGAGAAGUGGAAAGCACAGGACUUCUCCUCAUGUUCCAACUGAUCAGUCAUCACUGGCAACGGACACCCCAAGACCUGCUUCUUCCAGAAGUUCCAGUGACUGAAGGAUGUCCUGUGUGUCCCUUCCCUGUUCCCCCCCUUUGCUGAGCCACUGAGGCCAA